GGUGAGGAGAGGUGAAGGGAAGUAAGGCGGUGGGGGUGGUGGUGCAUGGAAAGACACAGAGGGGUUAAGGUAUAAAUGCAGUGAGUUACAGACCAUUCACGUCCAGUCUGGUUGUAGAAAGGCUUGAGUCAGCCACAUGAUGAUUGGCCUGAUUGUUCUCGCACUCGUGGGCGCUGCAGGUAAAGCACAUCUGGUGUAUGGAUGUACAAAGGUUUUAGAAAAAAAACAAAGUAUUGUAACUCUGAUAUAAAUGAAGCAUUUUUAUAUUGUCUUAACACCACAGCUGCAGCCCCAGUGGAUGACAGGAUUGUAGGUGGCUACCGGUGUGAAGCCCACUCCAAACCCUGGCAGGUGUCUCUCAAUAUUGGCUACCAUUUCUGUGGCGGCUCCCUCAUCAACGACCAGUGGAUCAUCUCUGCUGCUCACUGCUGGCAAAACCCCUUUGCUCAGAUUGCAGUCUUGGGUGACAACCACAUCUGGAUCCACGAGGGCACAGAGCAGUAUAUGCCACUAGAUGCCAUCUACUGGCACCAGAGUUACGACUACCAGACCAUGGACUAUGACAUCAUGCUGAUGCAUUUGGCACACCCCGUCACCGUGAACCAAUAUGUCAAGCCUAUCGCCCUGCCCACAGCCUGCCCCUCACCUGGGGACAUGUGCACGGUGUCCGGAUGGGGGAACAUCUACUCCGAUGAAGUGUUCAAUCCAUUUUACCUCCAGUGUGUGGAAGUCCCCAUUGUGUCUAAAAAGGACUGUGAUGCCUCCUAUCCUGGUAUGAUCACUGACCGCAUGUUGUGCGCUGGAUACGUGGAGGGAGGCAAGGAUGCUUGUCAGGGUGACUCUGGUGGUCCUCUGGUGUGUAACGGGGAGCUGCAGGGUGUCGUCUCUUGGGGUCAGGGCUGCGCUCUGCCUAACUUCCCCGGCGUUUACACCAAGGUCUGCUCUCUGAUGCCCUGGAUCAACGACAUUCUCUCCACCUACAGCUAGGCUGUGAUCUCCUGUCACAGAACUACAUGAAAGAGGGUGGAACCAGAGAAAGAUCGAAAUUGAAGGAGACAGAGACAGGAUGUAGCGGUGGGUAGUGUCAGAGAGAAAAGCAGCAGGAGAGCGGUUGAGAGAGAGAAAAUGAGAUGUGUUUAGCAAGGGCACAGCCAAUAAAAUCUUCCACUUUGUGAUGCA